UUUGGUUCUCUCCAAAAGCCCCGCCGCAGGAUGCAUCUGCCCAUCGCUGUGACCAGAAGAGAAGAAGGGGAUCCGACAAAGGCGCAGGCAAGCCAAUCAAACCAAAUGAUGGGAAGUGAUCACGCAGGAACUGAUGCACUGUCUGUUGUUGGUCUCGCCAAGGGCACCACACCACGCCGUCGCUCACUGCGAACUCCGGAAGCCACACCUGAUGCACUCCGAGCGUGGCAAAGACAAGCUGAAGCUGAACCAGAUGACUACAAAUACCACGGAAGGCCUCACAUCAGCCCGUGGUCCCUCUGGUGCUUCCGGCGAUCGCGAGCGGAUAAGAAGCGGGCAAUGGAUGCGGAUGACUGCGUGUUUGCACUGGCUGUUGCGCUCUGGAUUGCGCUGCUCACUAUCACGGCAUUUCUUGUCGCAAGGGGGCUCUUCGCGCCUGUGGAGCAGGGUAGGAAGAAACAUGCGCUGGAUUCUGUCGGUUUGUUCCUCAAACUGGGCUGUGCUUGCACUCAGGUGGUCUGGGGGCCUUUCAUCCUCGCCUUCUCAUGAGAGCCAAGCAAAGGAAAGUCAUCGCUGGGCGGGACGAUGCACUCACAAAUGAGAUGAAGACCAUAUGCAGCAUCAGGCCAAGGAAAGUAAGUGUCUUCCUUUGGGGGAUGACGCCUUCGCUGGUGUUUCUGUGUGCAGCUUUUAUUUGUCGAACAUGGCGCUGGCAGGAAGUUUGGAAGGGCAGUGGCGCCCCGGCUGUCUAAGAACAGAGGUGAGGACUUGUGAAAACCCAGAACCUCUAUCGAGGACCAUUGACGUGCGUGAGACAUCAGACAAUGCGCUGAAGCCUCUCAUGGGUACCAUUCUGGAAGAAAUCCUGGCCUCUGGCAAAGGGCAAACGAUCACGGGGUCUUCCAUCGCCACGGGCGCUUAUACGGUGCGCCUGCUGGACCAAUGCAGCAGAUCACGUGACUAACUUGCAUACGUUGAUGCCCUUGAUGUCUCAGGUGAGCCUGGUGCCUUAUCUUUUCCCCGUCCUCGCAGCAAUUGCUCUCGCAUUGGUGUGCUGGCCCAUCUCCGGUUUCGCUCUCUGCUGCAGGGGCUUCAGGAGGUAAACGGCGCCUGAGGAUGAUUUGAAUUCGAAAGAAGGCUUGUUUUGCCGUCUCGUGCCUUCAGAAACUUGUUCAACUGCUGUCAGGGCCGUGCACGGCCACGCAAGGGCAUAUGUGCCCGAUAUGGAGCCCUCGCGAUUUCGAUCGCAGUAACGGUCGGCUUCAUCGCCUUCAUUGUCGGUGCCAUCUCUUGGGGCAUCUCAAUUGGCAACGGGUGAGAGAGAAGGCAAAAACGCGAUGCAUGAUGGAAAGGACCCAGCAUCCACCGAUUGUCUUUUCCUUAGUCUGACGACUUCCCUGUGCUCUAUUUAUCGCUUUGCCGACGAGAGCCUGAACGGCAGCCCUCCCAACACGUCUCAGCCCUUCAUUGGCAUAUUCCCAGCAGUGCAGACGUAUGCAGGUGGUACAGAGCUAGUCAAGUAUCUGCAUUACGUGUUCAUCUCGAUGUGUGCUGUGGUUGCGUGUUCAUGUCAGUGUCGACUUCGUCUUCAAGGAUCUGAAGUCCACAACCAAGGGAGGGCUGAUAGAUCGCAUUGCCACGCUUAUCUUCGGCACGCUGGUCUUCGACACAGGUGAUAAGACAUGGAUGCCUGCAUACAACAUGGAACUCUGCUGUGUCUCCGUCUUCCACGCUAUUUGUUCCAGAGAAGGAGAAUCUGAUCGAUUCUAUGAAGUUUAUGUCCGAUGUAUUGGAUAACAAGCGCAACGACCUCUCUGCCGUCAGCGAUUCCGACCGCAAGAGUUAUCACGUCUGCAUCUUCUGCCAGGUUUGCGCAGUAUUCCUCGACCCCAUCAGGAAGGCACUGGACAGGGGCCUCACUAAGGCGCUGAGCGACGUACUUGACACGGUGCGGAGGUACCUGACAACUGGAUCGCAAGAGCUGGACGUGAGUCAUGAUCCCCUGGCAAAGCCUAAAUGGAUGCUGACACGGUUCUGCUCUUCCCAUGCAGGAGAUCUUGGCGGAGCUCGGCAGUUUUGACAUGGCUGAGGUCUCCCACCGCACAAGCGCGCUGCUUGACGGAUACCUCAAUGCAUAUGUCCCGAUGGUAAAACACGAGCAAUUUGCGGUCCUUCAUGGAAGCCCGUCCGUGUGUCUCCCACAGAUCCUUCAAUGGGAAGGGGUCCUUUUCUGGGUGUUCAACUCAAUCGCAUUGGUUGGAGCCGUCCUUGCACUGGCCGGUGCGUCGAGGCAAAGAGACACCUUGCAGCCAUCCAUCGUUGUCUACAGGCCUCGCAUACAUUAUCAUUCUGACCUUUCGCAAGCACAAACCCUUGCCCACGUGGCCGGCUGCAAUUCUCUGGUGCUUGUUCCUCGUCUACGCAAUACUGGGUACAUAGUGUGUGUGUGUGUGUGAAUGUAUGCAUUGACUUCCAUGAAUUGUCUGUCGGUUUGUCUGUCGGUCUGUCUGUCUGUCGGUCUGUCUGUCUGUCUGUCUGUGUCCCUGUAGCUCUCCUGUUUGGUGGCAUCAUGCUCUUCCUGAUGAUAUUCCUGUCCGACACGUGUGGAUGGAUCAGGGAGGAACUGAUGACCAAAGAGGGCUGGGACCGAUAUGAGGAGACUCUUGAGUCCAUCGAUCCUCGAGCACUCAACGUUGCCAAACAGGUGAGCCAGUAUGUGUGAGAAGCGGCGCGAUAGGCAUCUUCGAUGACGCUUGUUGCCUCAUUCUAGUGUCUCACGCCGUCUGGCGAGGGUGACUUGCUGAAAGCUCUCGGGCUAAGUGGUGGGAUGUCAUAUGUAAUUAAAACACUGCCUACCUCACCAAUGUUGGUCGUGCAGAGCAGCUAAAUUUCACUCAACUUGUGGACGAGCAGCUCAAUGCCUUAGCCGAGGCGUAAGGAAGGCGUGAUGGCACAAAGGAUAGGCGAAGGCUUGUGAUAGCGUAUCCCUGUCCGCUUCUCAGGCCAGUGCCUGCUGUCAGUGAAUCCGACCUACAGCUGGUAUAUGCUAUGCCAACACAUUCAUGCCUCGCAAUCUUCUUGCGCCCAUUGCAGCUUACCAACGCAGCCCGCGACCUCAGCCACAUGUUCCUUCCUGACAGCGUCUCAGCAAACGCAGUAGGCAGCCACCAGCGGACCAGACGCAGUGUUGUUAUCAUGGUUUUUUCUCAGGAGAAUCCCUCUGUGGGUCUUGCGGCAGCAGCCCCCCUUUUCAUGGCUUCCGGCGUGCAAAACGAGACGCUGAAAGCGGAUUUCACACUGCUCAAAAUGGCACUGGAGGGCAGUCAAAGUGAGCGAAGACAAAAUAUGUCGGACCAGAUAUCAUGGUGUCGUCUCUUUGUUUCCGUGAUGGAAGUCGCCAGCGAGGCGGCCAAGUUUCUGCUGGGAGAGGGCGACACUGUGAGCAUCCCUGGUCUGCGGGACUUGGAACCGGAGAUAUCUCCCUUUUACUUCGACUCAUUGCACCGUGAGCAGCAGGGAGGCACAUACACAACAACAAUACACGUGUCUGUCUCCUCUUCGACGCAGCUUCGCCAAAGCCGAGUGACCCAGCGGAUGAGUACCGCGUCACUGCUCGAUUUGAUCACGAUGUAUGCCUCGGAGACACAACACAGUCGCAACAUGAACCUCAUCUCUCUCACUCUGAUGCAGAGCUCCAUAGUGGCGACAGUGGCGUCACAGGCAAGAUCGUCGCCAAUCGACGCGGUCGUUGAUAUAAACGUAAGGCACCCGUUGCUCCGUCCAGACGCCAUCGCCUGCCUUCCUCUCUGCCUGGCUGCGCCAUCCAUCCACCGACACUGUCUUGGCAUCUCAGGAUGAAACGAAGUUGAGUGCCACCCUUUGGUGGGCCGUCCGCAAGCAGGUUGGUAAACUUGCAGCUAUGUGUGUGAAUGAUGUCUCUUGCACAUCAUGUCAGCCGUCCCUUCUGUUCUCGUUCCAUCUCUCAGCGUGUGGUCGACCCUACCAUCACUCUCUUCUGGUGCCCGGAGCCACCUUCCGGCUUCGACAGAAGACGGCGGGAUUUGCAAGUGGACGUCAGCCCUGCCGUCAUCCCCCCUCCACCAGACGUACCUUAUGUGCUGUCGCCCAUCUCCCCGCCUGACAUUCAGCCGCCCGAUCUGCCGGAUGAAGCUGACGGGAUCAUCGGAGGAGGCGGUGGUCCUGGGGGAGGUGAUGUUCGAACGACGGUCGAGUCUUGUGACUGGGAAGAAUUCGUGGUCUUCAUGAUGAACCUUACCUCGCACGUGCUAGACAAUGUAUGCGGGAAGGUGCUGACAGCGAUAAAUGACGAGAUGCGUUCCUUGUGUGUUAAGGCUCUCGAUUUCCUGGCGGCUGCGGCUAGUGCCAAGGAUGACAUUGUUGGAGGGCUGAGGGAGAUCGUACAGGGUGAGCAAGAAAAAGAGGCAAGGGAAUUCGUGCCAGUCGCUGCGUCCCUGCAGAGUUGCUCGAUCGCGUUCUCGCCCUGGUUGAAGGAGUGAACUGCAGUGACCACGCACACAAGCGGCAGACACAGCAUUCACCAGUCUCUGGAUGUGUGUCGCGCAGAGGUCUUGUAUCGUGGCGUCACUGCCGUCGUGGAGCCCCUCUGCGAGGAGCUCGUUCCAAACACGGUGAACAGAACAGGACAAGAUCAUACAGCCACGACAAGACCAUCCAGCUGCCCUGUCCUCACAUGUCUCGGCGAGUCUGUUUCUGGUGCUCAGCUGCUAGUCGCCCUCAGUUGGGUGAUUCUGGGCCUACAUUCGAUGGUUGCAUUUGCAGUGCUCUUCCCGGUCAGUCAAACAGUCACGUCAGUCAGUCAGUCAGUCAGUCACCCUUCCUUUCUUGGUGUUGGUCAGCUGUGGAGGUACUAUAUUGACCUGCACCAGUGGCAGCAAUGGCGAGAAGAGAGUAAGUAUCGAUCGACUCCUCGUUUGUUUGGUAUGUCCACUGCCUGCCUCUCUGCACCUGUCUCUCUGUCCACCACAGGACACAGACCCGAUGCAUCCCUUUCACCAUUUAUGCCGGCAAUAGCGGGUCAAGAGCAGAACGGCAGGCAGCAAGAGGACGAGGGGCUGCCUGCAGCCCAGGCGGACAACGACAAUCCAGAAGAUCGCCGCACUUUCCUUAGCACCCUCUCACGCCACCUGCGUUCUGCCAUCAAAAGGAGACACGAGGGAGAAAACGAGGCCGAGCCAAGGGAGAGCGGCUUCUUACGCUUAGCACCUCGCUCGCGAUCAAGUCCACCGACAAGACAAGAGACGGCUAAUCAACAACCACUUCCUUCUCCGCCUCCCCUCCCCGGGCCAAUCGGUGUGUCUCGUGCGGCUCCUCUGGUGCACUCGGUCUCGUCGAGUGCCCUGGAUGUGAUGCAGAUGCAGCCAAGAGAGGACAUUCCACUGGCGUCUCCAAUCUCACUUGCUCGGAGACAAUCACUAAUUUGGCCCAAUCGGCAUCAUGGGGAAGGUUGAGGGCUGAUGACGUCGCUGAAGGGGGGCCGAUGAGGAGAAAUGCACAGGACGCAUCGAUAUCUGGCCGAGGCAUGGCGAGGGGGCGACAGGUAUGAUGGGGGGAGACAUCAUGUGCUGUUUAAGAUGUUCCUUGCGGAUAGAUCUAAGGCCUCUGUAUUUGUUAAGGCCUGCUGUGUACGUAUUGUAUUCCAGCAGGCUGUAUGCGUUUGUGAUAUGGAACAUGAUGUAUACGUAAUGCAUGUAAUGUAUAUGACCUCAGUGAUGGAUGGUUUGGGUGCUUUUGUUGUUGGGGCGGCCGUCCGUGGGUGUGGUGUGUGAGCUGGUAUUAUCCCAUCAGUCAGUCAUGCAUUCACUCACUCACUGACCAACAUGCACUGUCCGCACGCACACGCCCACGCACGCACACACGCACAGGUCGUCCGCCGUGCCACACACAGAGGGAAGACGGGACGCCACAUGCAGUCAGGCAGAC